AUGGGAGACGCCGCCGCUGAAGCAGAAGGAAACACCGAACCACCAGCACCCUCGUUGAAGCACAAUUGGCCAGCCCAGGAUCUUAAUAGAUUCAAUGAAGAUCUUCAUGAGCAGAAAGAAGUUCAUGAGAGUAAUGAUGAUACUGAGGGUGAAGAGCUCUAUGAUUCUCAGAUGGUUGAUGCUGCAAUUAGCUGGUUCACAAGCAAACUCAAAAAAAGAGGACGUAGUGAUGAUGUGAUUGAUGAUAUAGUUAAACUAUUUAAAGAUAUUAUUGCCAAUAACAAUCAUAUCUUUAAAACAUCAAGAACUGUAAGUGGCUUGGACAUUUUUGAUUUUAAUUUUAAAAUCAAUGAUGAAAAUUGGGGAUUGUUCGCAAAUAUAUGCCUCCGCAUAACUUGCUGCACUUGUGCGGAGGCAAGCUGUGAAAGAACAAUCUCAGCCCAGCGUCUCAUCUUAACUUGUUCAAAUUUAAACAUGAGUAAGGAAUUAAUGGACGCUAGGCUAAAGAUCAUGAAGGGAGCUAGUUGGAAAACAUAG